CAUGCAACAUUCCCUUUAGAAAAUGGUUUUAAACCUGAAUAUUGGAAUAUUUUUGCUGAAUGUAUUGUAGAAGGUAUUUCAGCUGGUGAAGAAUGUAAAGAAACAUUACUUGCUUGGCGUCAAUUAGUUCAAACUGUUAUUUAUUAUAUGAAGUUACUUGGAUAUGAUCGAGAAACAUUGCGAUUAGCCCGUCAUGCUUCACUUCGACGUUCUUACUCACCAACUCGAGCUGCAAGAAUUCAACAACAGCAAUCCCUCGAACAACCAAAUCAACGUUUCUCUUCUGGACUUAUUCCAAUUUCCCCACUCGCAGUUAGCUUUGAAGAAACAAAUAAUUACAGACAACAAACUUUAAUAGAUGAAACGAGGAGGAAUAGUUAUACCACAAAAAUGUCAACACUUUCAACACCAACUAUGGACAAUAAACGAAUAAAUUUAUUGAGAUAA